ACAUUUAUCCACAUCCAAUUCAGUGGUCGAAUACAACACUAAGUUUUUUCCCAGAACCGUUGAGAACACAACUUGCAGCUCAACAAAUGGCAAUUGGAAUACCUGUGUCCUCUAUUUCUUUUACAGAUAACGAUGUUGGAAACCUUUUCAAAUUGUUUAUGGAUCAGUCCCUUAAUUCAGAGGAUGAAGUGACUCUCCAAGAACAUUAUUCAAAACUGGAAAAUCAACCAAUAUUCUUAUGUUCUCUUUGGAAAAUUGGUUGUGGUGGUGGCAGAAAAAUUUUAAACCCAGAGAUGAUGAGCACUCUGCGAAAGGUUUUACUACAAUUUCCUCCUUCCAGAAUGGCGACUUAUACCAUGACACUGAUUGAUUUUAUCAUUGAGAUAAUAGGAGGUGAUUCAUCACCUGUCGAU